AUGGUUCGUUAUUGGCGACAUCGUGGCAAAGAAAUUUUCAAGCGUCUAGAACCGCACGUAGAAAAGUAUUUCCCUUAUCACAAACCGGAAUUGGAUCGAGUCUCGCCAUCUGCGGCCAUGUACUCUGGCGCCAAAGUAAAACCCCCGUUUGAUAUGGCACUGGGACAAAUAGUCCCAUUUGGUCAGUCUCUCCGAGCUUCUCGACCGCACAUCGUGAAAGUACGAAUUCAUAAGCUGUGUUUGAAUCGAUUUCUUCUCAAGUACUAUUACCAGACUGCCACUUAUUGGGCCCAUGAUCAGGACAUAAAAACAAAUAUAGGCGACAUGGUUCUGGUGGAGAAAACCAACCAACCGAUCGCAUUUCACACGAUGUAUAAAUUGAAAAAAAUAGUCUAUCCCAUAGGUCAGAUUCGGGAUCCUGUAACCGGUUUGUUGUGCGAAGGGCCCGAAUACACAGUGGAUCAGUUGACCCAGUUACUCCAAUCCAAUUUGUCUACGGAUGCAAAAGAGGAUUCCGAUAAACGGCCGGACGGAAAAUGA